AUAUGCUUAACGUAUUGUGGAAAAAAUGAUCUAAUUGAAUAUUUUAGUUGCAACUUAGCAUAUUUUAGAGAACAGUUAAUUGGAUUGCAUUUAGUUGAGUUCGUUUGUCAUCACUCUGACUUGAAAAUUUGGAACUUGCAGGUUCAACCAACUUUUCUGAACUUCUUCUUGAACGUUAAGGAUGAUUUGUACUUGCUGCAAAUCGAUGCUAAAAAGCUUGGGAAUGGGUUGGCUUAUGAAGCUGUCGGUGACACAAAUGUCUUUCCUCAUUUUUAUGGCCCAUCUCGGAGUUUCAGCCCACUACCACUAGAUACAGUCAUUAAAGGGGAGAAGCUAGUGGUGCCCGAUGGAAAAUUUGUAUGCAGCAUGCUCAGUUGAGCAAUGGAUUCAUUUGUCAUUGAUCACGGAUUUGGUAUGAGGGAUAUAACAGACUGAUAAAUGCAUGCCCGAUGGAAAUAGUUCCAGGUGUCCUUGCACUUAAGGGAUUGUGUUUGUGUGCUAUAACAUUGACAUACUAUUUGAAUCCAAACAGUUGUGGGAUACUGAAUGGGAUUGAUGAUGUCAUAAGUAUUUGCUUUAUU